AUGGAUGACGAUAAAGUAAAUAAUAAUAAUAAUAAUAAUAAAAGAACUCAUAAUUUAAGAUUUAGAAGGAGAAUACCCAAAAAAACAAUAAGAUAUGUUGAAAUACCAUUUUACCAAGGAAGUUUAAUACAAUAUAAUAGACAACUACAAAAACAACAAUCAAUUUCACUUGAAAAAUCACUUGAUCAUAAUCAUGAAGAUAUUGAUACCGAAAAUGAUCAAGGUAUAGAAUUAUCAGAUUUUGAAACAAAACUAAAAGAAGAAGAGGAUGAAAAAGAAAUUGUAAUAAUAAAAGAAGGUCAAGAGGAAGAAAAUAUUGGAAAAAUACCAUCUCCAUCACCAUCAUCAUCACCUCAAAUUAAAUUAAAAUCAUUUAAAGAAAAGUGUAUAGAGAAAUUAAAUUUUAUUUCAGGUAUAAAUGAACUAUAUAAUAUUGGAUUAUAUAGGGCAGCAAUUACUGAAAUGGUUGGUACAGCACUUUUCAUGUUUAUGUCUAUAGCAAUAUUUACAUCCUCUAUAAAUUAUUUCAAUUUUUCAUAUAUUUCAAAUUUAGAUGAUUUCACAUUACAACAAUUAUCAAAUAGUGUACCAAAUUAUAAAGUACCAAUAUUAAGUGGUCUUUUACAUAUACCAUUAUUAUUUUUAUUAAUUUUAGCAUGUGCACCUGUUAGUGGUGGUCAUUUAAAUCCAUCAAUUACAUUAGCAACAUUUUUCGCUGGUUAUACUUCUUUUAUAAGAUGUAUAAUUUAUAUGAUUGCACAAAUUGUUGGUGGAGUUAUUGGGUCAGCUAUAAUUAAAGGAAUUUUACCAAAUGAUGUUAUGAGUAGAGGAAAUUUAGGUAUGUGCUCAUUUGGACAAUCUAUAACACCAAGUGGAGCAUUAGGGUUAGAAUAUAUGCUUUCACUAUUUAAUUUGUAUGUUUCUUUUGGAACGGCACUUGAUCCACGUCAAACACCUUUUUUAGGACCAAUUACAGGUUCAUUUUUCAUUUCAGGAAUGUUAUGUCUUUCAAUUAUAGCAUCUGGUGGUAUUGCACCCAAUUAUAUCUUUGGUUUUAAUAUUGCAAGAUGUUUAUCACCAGCGAUUGUUUUAUCAAAAUUUGAAAAUAUUUGGCCAUAUAUGGUUGGUCCAAUUAUGGCUUGUUUAACAAUUGGUGUUUAUAUUCAUUGUGUACCACCUUUUAAAUCAUUCAAUUGUAGUGAAUGUAGUUCAGAAAGAAAAAAAAUUAAAAAUUAA